UUCGCAUUUGGAUACUGUUCUAAGAAUAUAGAUUUUAUCACAUUCAAAUAUGAGUAUAUAACGACAAGAUUUGAUGGAAUAGUUUCAGAAUAGUAACGACAUGAGCCGGUUUAUAGCUUUAAUUUUAGGGAUUUGUGUUUUCUCAGCACACUCUGCGGUACAUAGGACGAAAGAUGCAUCACUCAACCGAAUAGCGAGAUCUCCACACUACGGCUCAAGUUACCACCACGAAGACAUCGACCAACCACCACCGCCACCGCAUGGACCUCCUCCAUCACCAAUUGUUUAUCAUACACAAAAUUGGAGCGGAGUAGCAAAAGGACUAGAUGGUACUCCUCAAGGAGUAUUUAGUGGUGCUGCAGCAUCUGCACAGAGUGCUGCUCCAGCGAUCAGUGAAGCAUUCUCCCUAGCUACUUCGGGAACUGGACCGGUGACUUCAGGAGAGCAGGUCAAAAUCAAAUCAAGAUUUGGUAGCCACUCAUAUGACAGUGGCUCCGGAAGUCACAGCUCUGGAUCCAUUGAGAAUAAAAAACAUGCUGGACCAUCAAACGAUUUUGGUAGCUCUGAGGAAGGUCAGUAUAAUAUUAAAUUAUCUGGAUUGGAUAUAGCAGGUGGUGCAUCUGGAAGUGGGUCGGUGGAAUCUGAAAGUCAAUUAGAUAAAAAGGCUGAUGCUGCAGGGUUUGAUAAAGUAUCAGCUGGAGGUAUAUCAGCUGGUCUUGGUGGAUCAUCAGCAGAGUUCAAAUCAGUAGACUUUAACAGAGAGUCAGGACAACGUAGCAUCAAUUCAGGUUUCGGUGGGAAACCUUUCGGAGGUGGAUAUGGAAGCCAAUCUAGUCAAUAUGGAUCUGCAAAGACGUUUAGUGACACUGAAAACCGUGGUGAUAUUGGCUCUGAAUCUUUAACGGAUGGCAAUUCUGCUGGAAGAGCAUCGGCAGAUUUCAAAAGCCAGUCAGAACAACAUAAUUUACAAACAUCAAAUAGUGGUUUAGCGCGGUUUAACGGGCAAUCUGGCCAAUUUAACGCUGGAUUAGGCUUUGGUGACAAAACUGUAAAUAGAGCAACGGAUUCUAAUAAUCAAUUUGGACAGAAAAAUGGUCAAUCUUCAGGAUCUGGUUAUCAAAGAGGAGGAACUAGUAGAGGAUCUGAGAGUCAUAGUGGUGGUGGUUAUGGAAUCAGACGAGAAUUUGAGAAUCAUGGUGGUUAUGGUGUUAGUUACCCAGUUCAUCACGGUGAUAUUCAUAGGCAUGGUAAAAGCAAUGAUGAAUCCAAUCACUUGGAACUAAAUGGAAAACAAUUUGGUAACCAAGGCAGAGCUGGCCAAGGCUUUGGUGAUAAUGGACAAAUUCAUUCUACUGGAUUUAGUGGUUCCAAUUACAAUGGUCAAUCUUCAGGAUCUGGUUAUCAAAGAGGGGGAGCUAGCGGAGGUUUUGAGAGUCAGGGUGGUGCCUAUGGAGUCAGACGAGAAUUUGAAAACCACAGUGGUUAUGGAGGUGGUAAUCCAGGUCAUAACGGGGAUAUUCAUAGACACGGUAAAAGUCACGAUGAAUCCCAUCACUUUGAACAAAAUGUAAAACCAUUUGGUAACCAAGGCAGUAUUCGUCAAGGCUUUGAUGAUAAUGGACAAAUACAUUCUACUGAAUUUAGUAAUCCCAAUGGUCAAUCUUCAGGAGCUGGUUACCAAAGCGAGGAAGCUAGCAGAGGUUUUGAGAGUCACGGUUAUGGAGGUAGUCACUUAGAUCAUACCAGUGAUACUCAUAGGCACGAUAAAAGCCACGAUGAAUCCACACACUUUGAACAAAAUGGAAAACAAUUUGGUAAACAAGGCAGUGUUGGUCAAGGCUUCGAUGAUAAUGGACAAAUUCGUUCCAAAGGAUUUAGUGACUCCCAAAGCUCAUCUUUUGGAAGUAAUAGAGGCAAUUACGGAUCCGGCUCUAGCGGUUUCGGAGCGGGUUACUCUGGUAAUCUAGGUCAAGCAGGACAAUCUGGAAAAUUUGAUACAGACUUAACUUUAAAUCGAGGAGGCCCACAAGAUUUUUCUGGCGGACAGCAAGUACAACAAUCAGGUCAAUUGAAUGCAGGAUUCAGUGCAAGCCAAGCAGGAUCUCAAGGGUUGUCUGGCGGAGAAAGCCAAUCAAGUUUUGGUGCUUCAAGACAUGGCUAUAAAAAAUCUGGAAGCUCUAAUGGUGAGAGUAAAGGAACUUUGGUUGCUGGCAACGCAAAUGGAGGAAUCUCUUCAACUCACGAAGCCGAAGGUUCUCUUUCCUCGAAUGCCGAUGCAUCAGGCCACGAAGAUAUCCAGUCCACACUCGGUAGUGCUUUGAACCUUGCUUCUCAAGGUCUGCAGGCAGCUCAGCGGGCCCCAUGCGCCACUUGUGAUAAGGGUAGUUAUGCUUUAAGUAACGCGAAGAGUCACAGUGGUUCAGCCAUUGCACUCUCUAUUGGAGGAUAAGUAAAUACAAGUAUCAUUGAAAUCACAGAAGACUACUGAUAAAUAAUAUUAUACUUGAUCUUA